CACCAUCCUAACGUACCAUCCCGGCUUUCACUUCCACCACAAGAGCCGAACCAUCACUCUGACACGCCAUGGCCUCAGCUAAUACAGCAUCGCAAACAGGCGAAUCGUCUGUGGCCUCCUUGGGCAACAAGAUUCCUAAACUCGAGCCUCGCCGCCGUCGUCCCGGCCCCUCCAACCCAACUCCUCGCCCCGAGACACCUGCGCUGCCUUCGCCACCUGAUCUCCAUAGUCAUAUAUACAAGACCCCUUCGAGAAGAAUACUAUCCCAGAAGGAUCACGAGUUGUUUCUCUCGUCGCCUACCUACAGCUUGGUUCUUGCCUUCGUCUUCCAUCUCUCCGAAUCCGUCCAAGACACACCCCGCUCUGCCGUCAAAGACAGCGAAAUUAGUCCCGCACUCCAGUCCAUUCUGCGAAUGCUCGAUGAAGCCGAAUCACUUGCCGAAGCGUCUCCACCCGACGAUCAAGGCGGUUCGCGUUUUGGAAACAAGGCGUUCCGAACAUUCCUGGACUUGGUGAAGGAGAAGGCCACCGCAUGGCAGAGUCAGUUAGGUGUCAGCGAGGCGGCAAAUGACGAGGUGGCGAUCUACUUGGAGCAUUCUUUUGGAAACAGGAUGCGGAUAGACUACGGCUCUGGACACGAGCUCAACUUCAUCAUGUGGCUGCUGUGCCUCUACCAGCUCCGAAUCAUCGCCAAAGACGACUUUCGACCCCUAGUGCUCAAGGUCUUCGAGCGGUAUUUGAAACUCAUGCGGAAAAUCCAGCUGACAUAUUAUCUGGAGCCCGCAGGCUCUCAUGGCGUCUGGGGUUUGGACGAUUACCAGUUUCUCCCAUUCUUGUUCGGUGCCUCGCAACUCCUGCACCACCCCUUCAUCACGCCAUUGGCGAUCCAUCAGGAUCUUACGUUGGAAGAAUUCAGUCAUGAUUUCUUAUACCUCGGCCAAGUCAACUUCGUCAGCGAAACGAAGACGGUUAAGGGCUUGCGUUGGCACAGUCCCAUGUUGGACGAUAUUUCUGCGGCCAAGUCGUGGACCAAAGUGGAAGGCGGCAUGCGCCGCAUGUUCGUCGCCGAGGUUCUAAAGAAACUUCCUGUUAUGCAACAUUUUCUUUUCGGCUCGCUCGUGCCGGCGACGGAAGGUAUGAGUACGGAGCAAGAUUUUGGAUCGGAUGACGAUCAACAGGAGGAGGAAAGGGGCGAGAUCACGCCGGGGAACGUUGGCAAGCACAAGCAUCAGCACGUGGGCUGGGGCGAUUGCUGCGGCAUCAAGGUCCCGAGCAGUGUUGCUGCGGCGCAGGAAAUGAAGAAAAGGGGAGCCCAUGAUGCUCUUCGCAGAAUACCAUUUGAUUAGACGGACGAGGAACGUCGCAGUUCGGGUCAUUCACUGACCAUGCGACUCAAUUACGGACGAUGAACUUUCUUGAGUUAUAACAUUAUGCUGUAGUACGGAUCUUGUGUUUCGAUACCAUACAACCAAUCGAAAAGACGACGAUACCCAUUCCUUCUAUAUUACCUUGAUCGUGACUAUGGGUGUAGUCUUUGUGCUCCUCCCUGCAUAUGUUCACGUCUCCUAGCCUGUGGGAUCGCGUUGUGACGGAACGCCCCAAUCCUU